AUGCAAAAGAAGAAAAAAGCUUCUGCUAAAGAUGCCGCACUGCCUCAAAAGGACUUGCGUGCACCUGUAUCAAAAUCUCGAAAACCUUCAACACUAAAGCGCCAGCGCAUGGACACAGACACUGAACAUGAUAGUUUUAGUGAUAGUGAAGAUAAGAAGAAAGGAGGCCCAUUAUUGGCCAACAAACACGAACAGAGUGGUGUUGACUCAGAUGACGAUCAGCGCAAUGUCCAUUCAGGCACUGAUCCCUGUGACAGUGAUGGUGACUCAAACCAUAUCAGUGGGGAUGAGGAUUUAGACACUGCUGCAACAAUGCUUUUGGACGAGGUUGCAUCACUCAUUACUGAUGACUGGAAGUCUCAGAAGUCAAAGGGAUCAGCUUGUGGCACAGUAUUAAAGGACUCCAAAGUGUCGGCCUGUGAUCGUAAGCAAGCAACAGAGAUUCCAACCUGGGAUGAUGUCGGCGACACUAUUUCAGAGUCUGUUGAAAGCACCACUACUAUCAGUGGUGAAUCAGAAUUUUUCUCUGAUAAUGAUGGCGCCAUCACUCGAAAAGCCCAAACCUCUGCGCCAAAGAGUAUUGCCUCACUUAUCCGAUCCAAGAAGGGAAGAAUCAAACUCCUUGAUCAGAACCCACAGACCCGCCAGGUUGUUCAAGCCGCGAUCACUGAAGUCAAGUGCUAUCUGAUCUUUGUCCAUGGGUACCCUGAAUUAGUCGACAAGAACCAGCUCUCAAUGCGAACUUUGUUAACCAUGGCUGAGAAACAUGGCUUGCACACAAUCACAGAACAUCUUCAAGUGGAUGAGCAGUAUGCUUCACAGCUUGGUGCACUGGUGGAUGCCCGCAUCCCUAUAUUGCGGCAUGAGCUGAAAGACAAUGCUUGUGCAAACAUCAAUGGCUACUUCUGCCUUGGGCACAAGGACUUUGCAAAAGCAAAAAAACUAAUGGAAAAGGUUGUUUAUGCUUAUGCUUUGAAGUUCAAUACCAACAAUAAUGCUACGCCUAUUAGGAACAAGCCCUACCAGGGUGAACUCCUCAUAUACUUGAUAUGUAACCAGCUCUUCCUUAGCUCGAAGGCCGUUGGUGUGAAAUUUGCAGCACACUUUGUUGAAAUUGCCAAGAAUAAGGCGCAGCAUCCUGAAAUUCCUAUAUCCUUGCUGGCACUGGUUGCAACUGCGGUUUAUUCUGCUCUUUUAUGGAAGUCUCUCGGUUCGCUGGGGAAGUUCAACUUCUCAGGAAACCAAUUCAGCGAAACUUACAACUACCAUGUCAAGUCCCUGGAACAGUUGAAGGAGAACGCACCUGGAAAGUUUCAUCGUAUGAUAGCAGACAUUUAUGAGGCUGCACAUAAGUUGAGUCGGAUUAGCGCUGCUGGGGACCACAAUGAGCUGGACACUUUGGAACUGCUUGACCUCGAUGAUAUGGAGGAGGACAAGGACUAA